AUGGAUGAGGGCAAGACCUACGUAAACGUGAGGUUUGCAGAAACGGAUGCACAGUCUCCUUCCAACGACGGUCUGAUCUCCACCUAUGCAGAACUGAACUUUUCGAAAGCCGAACCCCUCAUUGCUGAGUUUGAGGAUCACCGCAACGUCUCGCAUCCUGGCGAGCAGACAAUCACUGCACCGACAGCUGCGCAAGAACGGAAGUCGAAAGUGAAGAUCGGAAAUAGACCGUACCGUCUGAUCUGCCGACUCUGCCUCAUCGUGAUUGUGGUCGGACUGUCGAUCCAUGUAUCGCAGAUUCGUCAGUCUAAGGUCACCUCUGAUCGAAACUACCAUGAUUUAAACUCAACCCUCCAAUCCAAGCUUUCUGCGCUCAACGCUAAUCUGUCCGUUAUUGAACGAAUGCAGAGCGAUCUCCAUCACCACUUCACUGAGAUGGAAACGAAUUCGCUCCUCAACACUGUUCCUGAUCCACAACAAACUCCGCCCGAAGAGACUAACGGCGGGCUGGCGACCUACCGACUGCAGCAAAUCGAUCAACUCCAAAAUGGCGAAGGAGCAGAAGUGGUUGGGCUGAGAUUGGGGCAGAUGUGCACGCGGCCUGUCGUUGCUCAGAUCCACUUUUUCCCGCAGUUGUCAGCGGCCGACGUGCCUGUCGCCAAAUAUGAAUUCAUACGACGUAAAAUCGUCAACUCGCUCCUUCCGCCCAACGCCGCUGUGAGCUACGAUCUUGCAGAAGAUGACAUGUAA